UACAGUUGAUAUUUAACAGUAUACAUUUGUGUGUCAUUCGUCGUGACUUAAGUACACGUCGUGUAUUAAAGCCAGAUAAUAAACUUAUGCAUGUAGAUUUAACUUAUGAGUAAUAUAACUUGACGCCAUGAGUACAGAGAAAAUACCACAUGUUAAAUUAAGUGAUGUUAAGGAAGCAUAUAGCAGGAUAAAAUCCGUCGUUAAAAAAACUCCAGUAUUCCAGGAUGACGACUUCGAUGAAAAAUACGGAGGAAAGUUCUAUUUUAAAGCAGAGAACAUGCAAAAGACCGGAGCUUUUAAAAUAAGAGGGGCUUUAAAUGCUGUCCUAACGUUGCGAGAAAACGGAGAAAAUUUGAAAGGAUUGGUGACCCACAGUAGCGGGAACCAUGGUCGGGCCAUGGCUUGGAUUGCACGGAGUUUUAAUUUACCUUGUAUUGUCGUCUGCCCUACAACAGUGCCGGAAGCCAAACUACAGAUCAUCCGUAACUUAGGAGCUGAUACAGUGCCGUGUGAACCAACUCUAGAUGACAGAUUACGAAAAGUAGGACAAAUACAGGAUGAACGAGGCUACACAUACAUAUCAACAUGUGACGAUUACACUGUUAUGGCAGGUCAGGGAACUAUAGCGCUGGAGUUUUUAGAACAAGUACCUGAUUUGGAUGCAAUAUUGGUUCCGACAAGUGGCGGGGGAAUGAUCGCCGGCAUUUGUGUUGCUGCAAAGAGUAUUAAUCCGAAAAUAAAAAUAUUUGCAGUUGAACCAGAUGGGAAAGACUUACAGAAAAGUUUAGUUGCAGGCGAGCGUCUUUGGCCAAAUCCUCCUAGAUGCCUGGACACUGUGGCUGAUGGUAUGCGAAUGCAGCAGCUCGGGACAAAAACUUGGCCAAUCGUCCUUGAACUGGCAGAAAAACACGUGUUUACUGUGACUGACGAUGAAGCAAUUGAAGGAAUGAAGUAUGCCUUUGAACAUAUGAAGCUGGUAGUAGAACCAUCUGCUGGAACCACCAUUUCUGCAGCAAUGUCACGUGACCUAGACAAGCUGGUACCCGGUCCGUCGCGAAAAGUUGGAGUAAUUUUAUGUGGGGGAAACGUUGAUAUCCACAAUUUACCGUUUUAAAUAUUUAACCUAAAGUAAAUAAUUAUGUAAAUAAUAAAAUCAUAUAUAGUUUGA